AUGGCGGAUCCAGUCACCAUUGGUGCUGCGGUAGGAUGGGGCCUAUCCAUAGUAGGUUGGCUAGCCUCGCCCAUCAUUUCAAGGAUCCUCAACAAAGGUUUCGCCCUCCUCGACUUUGAUGCAGCGGAGAAGCUGAAGACACUUGAUGUACAAGUUUUACAACUGCAGCGGCUGAUGGAAGUAGUGGACGAGAGCAACAGGGUUCGCUUGGAGCCACUUUUAGACAAGCUUAAAUCUGCUUUCUACGAAGCCGAAGACAUCUUGGAUGCUGUUGAGUAUCAGCAUCUCAAGAAGAAGAUCCAAGAUGGCAAGUCUCAAGACAGCAGUGAGAAGAAUGUUCUGCCUGCCACACCAAGAUCCCUCCUUGGGGCUCGUCCCAUUAAUCCCCUCUCUAAGAAAACUAGAGGGGGUUGGAGGGGAUUGAAGGGGAUUUUAACUUGCAAGGGAAUUAGUCCAUCUCAAUUCCCUUCAAUCCCCUUCAAACUCCAUCACAGCCUAAAUGAUAAGGAGAGUGGUGUGCCAAAAGUGGACUUGAAGAAAAGCCUAGAGAAGAUAGAAAGUGCUAUAAAUGAUGCAUGUCAAGUUUUGGCACAACUGAACUUGCCAGGCGUGAGUAAUGAUAGUGGAAGACGGGCUGUUGCUACCAAUUCACGCUGUGCUGUCACAACUGCAGGUCCCCCGCCGCGAGUGAUCGGUCGAGAUCAAGAUCGGGACAAGAUCAUAGCAAUGCUUCAUGAGAAGGAAGACCACUGUCAAGCAAAUAUUGUCAGUGGUACAUGCUAUUAUGUAAUUGGCAUUCAUGGCAUGGCUGGGUCAGGGAAAUCAACACUUGCACAGUGUGUUUAUGAUCAUGAGAAAAAGCAGAAGCAAGAGAAAAUGGAAGGCCAUUUCGAUAUUGUCAUGUGGAUUCAUGUUUCUCAGAAAUUUGAUUUGGAUUCCAUUUUUAGGGAGAUGUUUGAGGGGGCUACAGGGAAAGCAUGCGAUAAAUUCAAUAGUCGCAACGUCCUGAAGGAAAAACUGGAGGAUGAACUGCGUGGGAAAGAGAUUUUGCUGGUACUGGAUGAUGUCUGGUACAACAGUAGGAAUUCAGAAGACCGUGAAGAACUACAAAACUUAAUUUCUCCGCUGAAUGUUGGAAAGGCGGGAAGCAGAAUCUUGGUGACUAGUCGAACUGAAACUGCAUUAGUAUCUCUGGGUGCUGUAAAAGAGAGAUGUAUUCCAAUAUCUGACUUGGAUGGUGAAGUGUUCCUUGAAAUGUUCAUGCAUUAUGCACUUAGAGAUGCAAGGGUAAGUGACCAUGAUCGAAGAAUACUUGAAAUGAUUGGAGAGGACAUUGCAAAAAAGCUAAAGAAAUCACCUCUAGCAGCCAGAACAGUGGGUUCACGACUCCGUCAGACACAAACUGUUGAGUUUUGGAGGAGUCAGAAAGAUCGGGACCUUAUGAAUGAGACAAUGGGAGCUCUGUGGUGGAGCUACCAGUACCUUGAUGAGCAGGUCAGGCGGUGCUUUGCUUACUGCAGUAUGUUUCCCAGAUGA